CCUACUUGUCCCAUACUGCUGCGCGGUAACACUUGUUCUGUCCAUCUGCUCUAGCCAAUAUGUCUAGCUUCAUUGAACGGUACAUGCACGAAACCGACGACCAAGGCCACUUCUCGAGAGCAACGCUGCAAAAAAUGUUCCACCCACCUCUCCCUUUUCCCUCUGGCGGCUACCCCUUUGCCUCGGUCUCCCUUUCCCCCUCCGCGGGGGCGUUGGGAAGCCUACCUGAAGAGGGCGGUCACUCAGUCUCAGCGACCUCGCAAUUCCGCCUCCUCGACCUCGACCGCCAGGUGCGAUCUUGGGAGGAGGCCGAGUACACUCCCACCGCGGGCGAGUGGGGUCUCCCGGACACGGACAAGUACGACUAUGGUGAAUGGGGAUUGAGCGCUCUGGUAGACGGGGAAGGCGGGUUCGGCGGCUCACCGGAACCUCUGCCCGAAGCUGUACUCUCCCCGCGUUCGGAGGCUGCGUCGAGCGGCGAUGAGGACGCUCUUCGAUCUGUCUCCGCAGCCUUUCAGGGCGCUGGUUCUGGGUCUGCCUCUGUGUGCUGGUUCUCGGAAGAGGAUUGGCAUGCAGGGGGUGGCGCUUACCUGGAGCCGGUGUCUUUGUUUCACAGGACUCUCCCCGAGCGGAGCGCGAAGGACGAGGACGAGGACGGGGACGAGGCCGACCGAUGCGAGGACGAGGCCGACCAAUGCGAGGACGUGACUAUGGCAGUCGAAGACGACGUUUCCGACGAAGGUCGCAACGGUGUCGAGAGUGGGAGCGCCAGUGCCGAAGCUCCUCUCGACAUCAAGUCGAUCUUCGUCGAGGACUUCUCCGGGGGAAGCUGCAGCAUGGCGGAGGACCGUCUUGGUAGGGCGGUCCACCCAUCACAGUCGGCGUCCUCCUGGGAAUUGGUCGAGGCGGACCCAAACGCUGCGUUGGUGACGAGGAGGCGGGCGAGCGCAGGUGAGCGCAGGGAGUCGAGCCGGGUGGCUCCCGGCUCCUCCGCUGCGGACUCGUCUGCGAAGGGCCUCAAGAGACUGCAAGCCCGCUCACGGUCUUACCUUGGGGCGGCGGCGGUCCGCCUCGGGCUGGGAAAGUUCGCCUCCUCUCUCAGGAGGCGGACUUAGAGACGGGGGACGGCUACUGGACUCUCGUCGGGGACGCCCGGCGUGAGCAUGGGGGCCGCGUAUAUGCCUUCCCCCGUCUCUUGGUAUGUCGCAGAAUUUCCGGUGCCGACAUGGAUCGGACGACGGAUACGAGACGUGACGAAGACGGGCGAGAAGAUUCGGAACGCGGCCGCGAACGCG